AUGCUGACGCAAAGCUACAGAAAAAGAGAACUUAAGUAUUUGAAAAGUAGCAAUGUUGAUAAGAAAAACAUUUGGGAGAUGAUUGCUGAGGAUGUUUCAAGUGUUGGGAUUUCAUUAAGAACUGGAAAAGAGUGUAAAAAUAAGUGGGCAAAUGUCCACAGGGUAGCAAAGCAAGAGCAUGUUAGCUACAAGAAACACCAGAAGGGCACAGGAGGUGGGUUUCUAUCAAGGAGCCCAUCAAUUAUUUCCAAGAUGGUUGUCGAAAGUGCCACGGUAAAUUCGACGAAAUAUGCCGGAAUUGUUGGGGGAGUAGCAACAAAACUUGACUCACUGCUUGAGGAGACCACUGUUGGCGAUACUACAGUAAUUCAUCCUCCCAACGUACUUGUUGAAGUUACAAAACAAGAUAAUGCAGGUACGACAUACGAAUGUGGUAAUCAAGGCCCCUCCGUGAAGAAGUCACGCAGUGUCAGUUACAUAGCUGAAGAGGAACGGAUGAGUUUCAUAAACAACCUUGUCAGUGGAAGUGGACAAGAAAAUGUCAGCAUACCUGGUGGACAUAAAAGAAAAUCUUACGAAACUGCCAAGGAAACAACAAAGGUGACAACAGAAGACAUCAACAAGAUGCAGUACAUCUUUUUCCAAAAACAGAAUGAGCUGGCCGAUGUCCAGAUCCGAAGCUUCGCAGCAAUGGAGACAUUCUUCAAGUGUGCCACUGAAAAAAUGCAAGGGAAGGAACAAUCCUUCAGCCAAACACUAGCGGGAUUCAUGGCGCAUUUCAGAAAUGAUGUUACAUUUGCAUGA